AUGUACGGUGUCGGUGUGAACGUGCUGGCCGCGAUAGUGCUCCUCUCGUUGGGCGUAGUGGAUGAGUGUGUAUCGGCGCUGCACAUGUACCCGGAGAUAUUCGAUCCAUCCAAGUUCCUGGCCCGUCCGUUACCGCUAAAGAGUGCGCGACCCGUGCCAGCCGCCGGUGACCAUCAUCUGGCCCGUGGAUUCCAGGACGAUGAGACGGGAUUCGUGCGAUCGAGCAGUGAAUCGGGCAAGAGUGGGUUCGUGCACCGUGAGAACUUUCACCGCAAGGAUGGCAACAAGUACGGAAGCGAGAAGCAAACCGGCCGUGGUGAAUCACGACGCACGCAAGAGCCAGUGGUGGGAACGCUAAAGGGUGCACUUUCCGGAGCCGCAUCCGGCCGAAGGAUAAUCGAAACGGACCAUUACAGACCGGAACCGAUGUACGAGGUUACCGAGGAGCUGACCAGCGAUUAUCAGAAUCCCGAUAAGCACAAGAAGUACGGUACGGCGGCGGCAGCGAAGCCCACCCCAGGGAUGGGAGAAGACGAUAAGCAGAAGCAAAAGAAGAAGCAGCAGGAGGAAAAGCAAAUGAAAACAGCGGGACUUUCACUGAAGGAGGCGAGUGGUGCGCGAAAACCGAGAAAAGGUGGUCGCAGCAAUCAGCAGAACAACCACAAUGGCUACGAGUCGAUCGUGUACCACGAGAACGAACACGACAGUAUGGAGCAGGGCUACGGGAAGCGGAAUGCGGUCGGUAAGCUGCCCACCAAACAGCUGGCCGUGGGUGAAAAUCCGGCCGCACAGGGACGUCUGCUAGAGGAUGAGGAGGAGGACGAGGAGUAUGAAGAAGACCGCCACGACGGUGAUGGUGAUGAGGAUGAUGAUGAUGAUGAGACUCGCCACGACGGCGACGACAACGAGGACACUGGUGAGCGUGGUGGUAAUGAUUCGGACUUUGGCGAUAACUAUGACGCCGUGCGGUUCGAUAGUGACUUCGAGCGGUCGUUUGGGAAUGGUGCGAACGAUGAGAACGCUAGCUUUGAGAACCACGAUGAAGGAGGGAAGAGUGUAAGGAAAGGAAAGGGUAAGGGGCGCCAGCACGAUAAUGUGGAUUAUGAUUACGAUGAGGAGGUCGAUCGGGAACAGGUGGACGAGUCGGCCAGUGAGGAUAAGUACCGAGGGGACGAUGAGUCCGAGGAGGAGGACAGGGAUGAUGAAGGGGAUGAUGAUGGGCGGCAGUACGAGUACGCCAGCGAGGCGGACAGUGACGCACAGGAUUAUUGA